AUGGGGCUGUUCUGUCUGGGUUUGAGAGGAGGUGGGUGGCUCAUCGGAGCUCCGGCGAGCUAUUCGCCGGAGAAGAAGAUAAAUAGUGAAACCUUUUAUGUCUUUUAUGUUCCAGGGACAUGGCAAACCUAUGUGGUAGAAGAUCACAGUUUAUGGUACAAAAUAGACAAAAACACUCCAAUUGAAUAUGCUGCCACUAUUUCUGUUAAUCCUUUGAGUGCCUUGAGAAUGCUUGAGGACUUAUUGGCUUUAAAAUCAGGGGACACAAUUGUUCAAAAUGGAGCUACAAGCAUAGUAGGGCAAUGUGUUAUUCAAUUAGCUAGAAUUCGUGGAAUUCAUGGCAUUAAUAUCAUAAAAGAUAAACCUGAAUCUGAUAAAAUUAAAGAAAAAUUAAUUAAACUUGGCACAAAUAAAGUAUUUACUGAAAGUGAACUCGAAGUAAAAGGUGUCAAAAAUCUCCUGGGUGAUAUACCUAAACCUAGUUUGGGUUUGAAUUGUAUUGGUGGAAAUGCAGCUAAUAUGGUGGUAAAAUUCUUAAACUGAGAUACUUUUUUUAUUUUUUUAAAUAUUGUUUUCU